GUGUAGCUAGCUCUGAAGGUAGAUGAUGGUGAGAUUUCUUCGUAUAAUGCGCACCUGGGACCACUUGAUUUGCAAAUGUGAUACCAGUAUUUGACUACAAUCUUCAAGAUGGCGCGGCGAUGCUGUCUCUUCCGACGCCCCAUGUGGGAUGUGCUAGUCCUGUACAUCGUGAUGUUCUGUGUGGUUCUACCCCUUCUCUGUCACAGACUGAACUACUCCAUCUACUACACACAGACCCUACACAUGGGCAGGACAGACCCCUUCGCUUACGCCAUGAAGGUAAACAACGACCGGAAAAAACUGGCGCAAACCGCCCUCCUCUCGCGAGCACCAGGCACGAAUUUGUCUCACAUCACGCUGAAGUCAGGCUCUAAGGUGAAGCUAGCUAUCGGGUUUGUAGCGGUGAGCAGGCAAGUCAAGAUGCGGGACGGAAGCACCUACAACCCGGGGUAUCUCCUACAGUCUGUCGAAGCGAUUCUACGAGAAAAUCCGCCCAGGGAAACACGACUUGUCGUCUGUGACGUAGACUCCGACCCUACCUCCAAUCCGGAUGUUGCCUUUCUGUCAUCGUUUGUCUCCGUUCGUUCAAAAUAUCUGAAAGGAAAAACAGCACCGCCAUUAGCGUUGGGAAACACUUUUAAGAAGGAGAGGGAAGACUACAUGUACUGUUUGAAUCAAACGCUUUCUUUUGAUCCAGAUUUCGUACUUAUCUUAGAGGACGACGCUCUGGCGACUCCUGGCGUAUUAGAUAUUAUCGACUACAUUAUUCGGACAAAAAUUGAAAAUACCUACAGAGGUUUUGGGAUGGUAAAAAACAACUACACCAAAACAUUCUUCAAGCUGUUCACUCCUACAUAUAUGCAAAACGACUUCCAUACUACAAAACCAAAACGUAUAUUUGUUCAUAUACUAGACCUGGUAGGAACAGGCAUCGUAGGAGGAGCGUUUUUAACUUUUGUACACACAAUAUUUUUCAACAAAGUGCCCAAGAGAUCCCACAGUACACUUUACUGCUUCUUUGUUGCCAGUGUGGUUUGCUGCAUACUUGCAGCCCUGGCAACUUCCAGGGUACAUCUUAUGGAAUGGAGGAGAAUUUCUAAACACUUCUACGUCAUGUUUGAGGCUGACAACUGUUGCACGCCUGCAAUUUUGUACCGGAAGGACACUGCAGUGGACUUCUUGAAAUACUUACAGACCACGAGGCAUAACCCUUCUCCUAUAGACGGAGAUAUGAACCAUCUUGUAGUGAACCAUGGUUACAAAAGAUUUGCGGUGGAACCAAAUCUGUUCUCACAUAUUGGAAUGUACUCGUCCAUACAUAAAAAGAUUAAUAGAAACUUUUUUAUGGACGGAAUGAACACCGGGAUUCGCCAGAUGCCGUAUACAGAAUCAGCGAUCUAG